UACUCCAAAAAGUAUGCUUAUUUUUUGUUAAGCCAAAAAAAAUUUUUGCGUUUAGGUGCACAUUAAGGUGCAGCCAAUCCAUCUUAAGGUGGAUUGGCUGGUUGAAUGCAACUUCACCCACAAAUCUGAGUCUGAAAAAAAAAACUAACUUUCAAAUUCACAAUGGUACAAUUAAAAGGCCCUGUACAGAUCAGAAGCUUAUACACUAUGUAGAAUAACUAGGAAAUUAAAUAACUUGGGUAGCUAUAUAUUUUAUACCCCAACAAAAAAUUAAACUACUGUCAAAAAUAUGCAGGCUUCACUAUGAAAUACUUCUGGGUAGAAAUAAAGUUCUAUAGUGAGGAGUUCCUGACUGUGAUAGGCUUAAAGAUGUGCCAUAAUCUAAUCACCUCGUGGACGAAUAAUACUGGUUACUUAAAAGUAAUUAGGAAUAUACGUCCACAAGAGUAAGAGGUUCAUCUAAUUUAGACACAAAAUAAUUUUAGCUUCAAUCACAUUGAUUAAGGGAGGAAAAAUCUGUUCUACUACAUCAUCUACCAUCUUGCAAUAAGCAACAAAUUCAAUCAAUGUCCUGCCAAAAGGCAUAAAAGUAAGGUGAAGUUUCUCACCUUUACAACACUGUUUAAAUUUAAACAAGGACACUCUUUCUGCUCAGCGAAUAAGUGUAACAAUUUGUGCGUUUUCUGCUGAAUGCAUUUCGAAAUCUUUCCUUCAUGGUGGGUGAUUUUAUCUCAUUCAAAUCAUAAGGAAACUUCACAAGUGAAUGUAAAGAAUUGUUCAAAAGCAUAACUACCCCCUUCCAAAAUCAAUGACUACAGUUGCAACACAUUACUCCAAUUUUUUUAAUGGCCGUAUCAAGUCGAUUUAAGUUAAUACACACAUUUCAAGCAAAUGCAAGUGGUUGGCAUUUGUAUCAACAUUUUGAUACAAACUGACCACUUCAUGCGAUCCGAAAUUCGAAUUGAGUUCGGCUCAUGAAAAGUUUGGCGUCUGAACCGGGCCUACGAAACAGUUAAAUGAUAAUAAAUGAUAAAUCUCCGGAUCACAUUUCUCUUAUGCUAAUUGAAGGGCUAAAAGAGUUCUUCUUAUCAAAAAAAACUAAAGAAAAGGCCACCGUUGACUCAAGCCUGACUCGCAGAGACUACAACAAGGCCUGUACAGGAAAUCAUACAUUGUACAGAUACAUGCACCUAUACCGAAAACACAGGCUUCAACUUGAACAUAACAUAACUGCUGUAAUGGAAAAGAGAGCCACAACGAACCAAUAAGAAAUCUUCACUACAAAUCACAAAAAGAUUGUUUAAACUUUUUUAUAGUGUGAAGCAUUUAAAACCGCAAGUGAAUGAAAUCUAAAGUCUCUCCAGGUGAAAAAAGCAAAGAAAUUGAAACAAAUUAAAUCUGAGUAAGCAAACUUUUGCAGAUGUCCGCAAUCGACCAGGAUCGGGUUCAUGUGCAUAUCAUUUGCUAGUUAAAUUAACCCUCAUGUAAAUAAUGCACCAUGUCUCAAAGAAAAAUAUUCGUACCGCGAUACAUGUAUUCGUUUCAUAAUCUGGUCUCGUAAAAUCAAAAUUUGAAACGACGUUUAAAGAGCCUUGCGUGGGACGAAAUUUUUUUUGAGGCUAUACUAAUACCGAGGGACAUUGAUAGGAAAUAUCAUUGCGGUCAGAAAUCUCUUGAAUCCUGAAGCGUUUAUUUCCGCAUCAUUAUCUCUGGUCUAAAUUAGACAUCCAAUACUGAAAUCAUUAUUAUCGACCUAUGACGCAUAUAGAGGACGGAUAAAGCAAAUAAAAAGUGUAUAUAAUUACAUAAGAUAUAUACAUCUUGAGAGAGCAACCUCGUUUUUACUUCCCUUAAGAUUUAUCCUCUGGUAAGCCGUUUUUUACCUGUCCACGUUAUCCGUUUUGAGUUUUCAGCUUUACUGGGUGCGCGAAGAUCUUCUGGAAGGCGAGCUCGCUCUGUUAUGGUCUCCUGGUUCCGUGCGGCAUGUCAUCUAUGAAUUUGACCGUGAAAAUGGCCACAGGUCCUUCAGUUCCAACUCAAAAACCAUUUCAUAGUUAUUCGUCAUUCUUCCUGGCGCAUACAGUCAUCGACUUUGUCGUCUCUACGCCAGCAGUUCUUUCAAACGUCAUUCUACUUAUUACCAUCUUCAGGGAUUCUCGUCGACAAAAGCAGUUAUGCAGGUCACCAUUUACACUUCUNGUAAUGAACUUAAGUUUGUGUGAUUUCAUCUCGGGAACUGUUCCCGGAUACGGAAGCCUUUACUACGAUUAUGUCAUAUUCCAUUCCAGAACUGACGAAAAACUUGUGGGAAUUCGAGUUAUAAUAAUAACUACUGGCAUCAUAACAAAUGUUGUUGGAUCUUGCACAGUGAUGGCGAUGUCAUUUGAUCGUUUGUUUGCAAUAGAAUCACCAUUGAGAUACAAAAUGCAAGUUGACGUCGGCAAAAAGAAAGUUAAAAUUUUCAUCAUAGCAGUUUGGAUCUAUUCCUUGCUCUUUAUAAGUCUUUCACGCAUCGGAAUCUCUCAAGAUAUUUCAACUUUGCUCUAUUGUCACCUUCAUCUAUCUCUUCCGUUACUCAUUCUUGCUGUGGUUUUCUGGGAAACGUAUCGCGCUCUUCGCCUGCACACGAAUCAAGUGAGAGCUUUGUCCCCCACAGAUAAACCUAUGUUCUACACGCUCAGGAAAAGGGAAAGAAAAGUUUUAAACGCAAUUAUCAUCGUUCUGGUCGUAUUUUACCUCACAUUUACGCCUCAGUUUAUAGCUCUAAACGUGAUGUUGUUUCGUCCGCGACUAAGCACCCAGGUUGGCUUUCGAUCUUUUCUUUACACUGCAAAUAAGAUUCUUUUGAUAAGCAGUGGUAUUAAUCCUUUUAUCUACGCAUGGAGAAUCCCAAAAUACAGAAGAGCCUUCAAGGCAAUGUGUGAAAGGGGCAGUGCGUCUAAUCAACAAAUCAGCAAUAUUGCUCUUCACACCAUUUCAUCACGCGAUGCACGAACCGCAGAUUCUUCGAGUACAACUGAGUUUUGUCAGUGAAUUCGUACAACCCGUUUGGCUUAUAA